UGUUUGAUAGCACUCACUUUUUCAGUUGCGACUUUCAAGAAAUAUAGCUUCCAGAGCUUAUAAUUAAAGUUUCUGUGAAAAUAUAUUUUUCAUUAAGUAAUACGCAAUAAUGAUCUUAAGUGUACUGAUUAUUUUGACAGCGCAAUUUUAUAGUGUACAGGGGGAGUUUGGUGUUAUUUUUAGAGAUUCACUUUGUCCAUUUCAUGAUGCGGAAUAUGUGACAGAACCUGAUAGUUACAUUGAUGAAAAUAAUGGAUUAUUUUUCAAUUUUUCGAUAAUAAAAACGUUCCCAUUGACAACAGAAGGUUAUUUAGGAAUAAUAAGAGCAUCAAUGGGUGAAUAUGUCGUAGACACCGGGAUCAAUGGACAAUUACCGUUAUGUGAAAUGUUUUAUGAGCCUAUCAUCUUCGGCCCUAUUCUUCAAAUGUUUGGAUUUGAUGAAAAUAAUUGUCCCCCUAAACCUGGCGUUUAUGGCAGCGAAAAUUACACCUUCCCAACAUCCAUGUUUCCAGAUGAUUUUCCUCCAAAUAAAUAUAAAGUCGCCUUCGAAAUCAUAAACGAGAGUAAACAAUUACUUGUUAUCCAUGUAUAUGCUGACGUCCAAUGAAGUUUAGCAAAAGUCCAUCAUACAAUUCUAAAAUGAUUCGUAUGAACAAUGAUGUAACGCAAAC